UGAGGCAGCGCCAAGAUGGCGCAGCCGCCGCCCUUCCCCGGCCGCUUCCCGCCGCCGCCGUUCCGGCCCUUCCCGCCGCCCGCCGGGCCCUUCCCGCCCCGCGCAGGGCCCUUGGGGCUGGCGGCGGCGCCCCCGCCUUUCCUCCUGCCGCCGCUGCCGCCGGCCGGGCCGGAGGGGGACCCCGGGCCGCGCUUCCCGCCGGGCGGCGGCUCCUACUUCCCGGCGGCUCCGCCGUUCCCGCCGCGGCCUCCGCCCGAGGAGGAGGCGGCGGCGGCGCAGCGGCAGCAGGAUGAGCUGUGGCUGUCGCAGUUCCUUGCCCGGCACCGGGCCGCCCCGCCGCCGCCGCCCCCCGCCGCCGCCAGCCCCAGCAGCGCCCGGGAGCUGUCGGUGCGGGCGCUGGGGCGGGUGGCCCGGCUGGCCGCGCUCUGCCGCGCCCUGAGGCAGCGGGAGGCCGAGGGGGACGAGGCGGGCUGGGCCCGGGCGCGGGCGGAGGCGGAGGCGGUGCGGCGGGAGCUGCAGGAGGUCGUGCGGCCCCUGAGGGAGCCCGGCUACCGGGAAGCGCUGCGGAGGAAGGCCGAGAGGGCGAGGAAGAGGAGGCUGCGCCUGCAGCGGAGGAAGCAAGAGGCAAAGGCGGCCAAAGAGGAGGAGGCGGCGCGGGCCGCCGAGCGGGAGGCCAAGAUCGACCAGUGGCGGGCCAAGUGCAUCCAGGAGGUGGAGGAGAAGAACCGGGAACGAGAACUUAAGGCUGCUGCAGACAGUGUUUUGUCUGAAGUAAGGAAGAAACAAGCAGACACCAAGAGGAUGGUGGACGUUCUGCGCGCGUUAGAAAAGCUUCGGGCACUGAGAAAAGAGGCUGCUGCCAGGAAAGGUCUUUGUCCACCCCCCUCAGCAGACGAAGCAUUUGAAAGUCAGGUGGAGAGUCUCAAAACGUUGCUCAAAAAUCGCACAGAGCUGUAUGAAGCUGAGGAGAGAGCACUAAGGGUUAUGUUGGAGGGAGAACAGGAGGAAGAAAGGAAGAGAGAAGUGGAAAAGAAACAGAGGAAGGAAAGGGAAAGACUACUACAGCAGAAACUCGAAAUUGAUUCCAAGCUUUUUGGGAAUCCAGAUGAAUUUCCUCUAGCCCACCUCCUGCAGCCCUUCAGAGAGUAUUACUUGCAAGCUGAGCAUUCUGUAGCAGCUCUAAUCCAGAUCAGGCACGAAUGGGAUCAGUUCUUGGUGCCAGCUGACCACCCUGAAGGAAGCUGCAUCCCUCCAGGAUGGGUUCUUCCGAGUCUCCCCACAAAUGACACUUGGGCUACAGCUGUCAGAUAAUUUAGUAAUAAACUUUUUUAACAUUAGAGGAAUGUUUCUUUAUAGUAACAUGUAAAUAUGAGAGGAUCUGACAAGGAAGUCAUCCUCUGUUUCAGUAGCCAGGUACUGGAAUGUCUUGAAGGAAAGUGCAAGAAAUGUUUUUGCCAUCCAACUCUGGGGGAAAAUAUCUGAGCAAGCCCAGAGCUGCCAAGCCUCUCAUGGUAUGGAAUUACAGUCCCACUGCAAAGUUCUGUUAACAAAUCUGUCUUAAUAAAGCAGCAUUGCUGACGAGGGUAUUCGUGCCAGUAUUAACAUCCUGUUCUUAAGUGGCUUUUAUCUUUCAAAGCCUAAAUCCAGAUGUUGAAAUGUCCAGAAAGAAAGAAGUUUAAAAAAAGGGAGAUCAUUAGUAGACGUGUUUUUCUUCUUAAAUGAAGCAUGUGAAGCAUCCCUGUCAAAAUAGUUCCUGUAUUUUAGUGUGUAGAAACAAACCUAUUACAAGUUUAAACAUAUUCUGAAGUACAAACAAAAUGGGGCUUUUCAAGCUGGAUUAAAGCAGCUGCUGACAUUUUACUUCUGUGGACUAAUACUGGUACCAAAACAUGGAAAAAAAUCCCAGUUGUGGUGAAAUAAGUCAGACAGCUGUGUGAAUAUAUUGAGAUUUGAUGAAUAAGCCUGCUGGAAAAAAAAACAAAUCUGACAUCUAACUGACUGUGAUUUGUUUUUGCCUAUAUAGCUAUUUUUGUACAGGGACAGAUCAUAUAUAUAGUACUUGAUGAAAAAGCACAGCUCUGUUUUGUAAGUUGUUUUUUGUUACAGAAUAAAUAGAGGAAAAUGGAUUUA